AUGUCCGGCACUUGCUUAACCGAACAGCUAAAGGCGCUUCAUAUUUUCCUGUCAGCAUCCAGCAGCCACUCUUAUCUACUGGAGUUCUUGGAACACGGCGGUGUGCUUUGCCUCCAAGAACUAUGUAUCUCACCUCGUGGAAAAGAGAAGGACAAGAAGUGGGCUCUACGUGUGUUGGCGUGUGUUGCGAACGCCGGCACCAGGUAUAAGGAGACCAUCUGUGAAUGCUACGGCUUGAUGAAUGUUAACUUCCUAGCCACUAAACAGUGUAACAAUCAGUGGUCAGUUCAGGCUAACGGGUAUGAUGUGUUUAACCGACCGGACUAUCACCACCCCAAGGUGCUUGCUUGCGAAUUACUCACUGCCUACCGUUCGGUUCGGUCGUAG